AUGCAAAAUCCAGACCAAGGGCGGCCUUCGGGGGCUCAAUUUGUGGUGCCAACUCACCCGAAGACAAGAGUAGUACCUUCAAAUCAUCCAGCAUUCCUGACAGAGCCAUCGGUGCAACAAAUUAGAGCAAAUGCCCCAAGGCCGCUCAAUGCAGCUCAGCAAGCAAUCAUUAAUCAGAGUAUACAGCCAUUCCCUGGACAAGAAGUACGAGAGUUUAUGAAUGCACUUGAUGAUUUUACACCUGUGAUUCCCGAUGCUGUUACUCUCUACUACAUGAAUAAGGCUGGAAUUGCUGAGGUUGAACCCCGUAUUGUAAGGCUAAUUUCAUUGGCAACACAAAAGUACAUUUCGGAUAUCGUACUCGAUGCGAUGCAAGAGACGAGAAUGAAAGGGCUUGGCCACUCAGUAUCAAAAAAGACCCCGAAAGAUGUAAAGUACACGCUCACCAACGAAGUGCUCGACGCGGUUCUCAAGGAGUAUGGAAUCAAUAUUACUCGUGCUCCAUAUUUCCAU